ACUGAACCAAGUCGGUCACCGACUUUUGUGCCGCUCUGGGUCUGUCUUGAUGAACAAAUCGCGUGGUGGUGGUUCGAAAGCCUUGAUAGGCUGGCAUGAAGGCCAAAGAUGGGGAGCGACCGGCGGAGAGAUCGGCGGCAUGCACGGUCUGUGGCAAGACUUUUGCACGCUCUGACACUUUGUUGCGGCACGAGAAGAAUCAUCAUGCAUCUCAAGAUCGCGGCCCUGUUCACCGUGUCACGAAUGACACUUUCCGAGCCUGUCGCGGUUGCGCAACUGCCAGAUCCAGAUGCUCGGGGUCAGUGCCGUGCGGCAGGUGCACUAUGAGAGGCAUCGACUGCGUCUAUCCGAACAAGCGCCGCAAAGGUUCCUCUCCUAGCGUGCCUGGCGCAAACGGCUUUGGCGACACGGCCCAGAAGCACCAUCGUUCUGGUCAUUUCGGCGAAUUGGUCUUUGCUGCCAAUGAGCCUAUGCUGGUACAUCAAGACGUCCAGAAUAUUGCCAGAAAAUCGUCGAUGUCGACAAGCGUGCUCGACUCGGUGACUCAGCCAGGAUCGACGGAAACACAUGCGCCACCGACUUUCCCCCCAGCUUUUGACUCGAGGCAGAUGCCCAUUUCACAAGGUGGCCAACUUGGUCUGGGCCUGGAUGCGAUGAACUCCAUCACCAGCGAAAUUCACCAGCCAGCUUCCUUUGUCAACGCUCCGAUGACGGGUUUCGACAAUGCGUUUGUGGGAGGAGCGGCGGCUUAUGAUUAUACCUCGUUUGACGAGCCUCUGAACUGGAUACCGCCGUCGAUUUACCCAUCACCCUACGAUGCGGAGCUCGAACAGGAUUUCUCCUUCAUCCUACCACCGUUGUCCGCCACACCAAAUCUUGGCACCGACUAUAACAUGCCCAUUUCUCUGGAUUCAGCCGCCCAGAUAUUCCAAGUCCCGACGAACAUUUCCCAAGAUACCUUGGAAACCCAAGCAUUUUCGGCUUCGUUGAUGGCUCUCGACCAAAGUCCUGUAUCAUCAGGCAGCGAUAGCAUGAACAUGGCCAAACCGAACAACACUGCCUCGACCGCAUCUGAUACCAAACGCAAGAAGCGCAAAGCCUCCUUCGUUCCCGAUCAAUUCGACAAGCCUAGAAGAGCACAGACCUCUUAUGCAUUUCCUGACCCAUCAGAAAGCUCCAGCACGACUGCCACCACAGAAGCUCAAGACCACUGCCUGCCUGCCACGUAUGAGGCCAUCGUUGACCGCUUCAAAAUAUUGUGCCUUGCCACGGAAAAUUGCUUCGCCCGGGUGUACUAUCCAGAUAUGGUUACUUUCAACCAUUGUCUCAACCUGUACUUUGAGCACUUCCAGCCUGCUUGUCCCUUGAUUCAUCAACCAUCUUUCGGGCAUUCGACCCAUUGGCUGGUGGUCCUCGCUGUCGCUGCAAUUGGUAGUACCUUCUCCAAAGCUUCUCGUGCUUUGGACUUGAGAGAAGCAUUCCAAGAGUUUUUACGUCGUGCCGUUCAACGAGUGGCUGAUGGCAUCCCUGACGACUCUUUAGGUAUUCCUCUGGCACAGGCCCGAAUCCUGAAUUUGAUUGGACUUGUCCAGUCCGAUCGUGAUCAAUUGCGUUCACAGGCGCCACGAUAUCAUGCAGACCUAUCGCGCUGGUGCUUGGAAUCUGGUGUGCUUCAACUUCCUGACCUCGGCGAUAUAACAGAUGGGGAGCCUAACACUGCCAACACCGAUCAAUGGCAACUAUGGCAGAAAUGGAUCAGAAUUGAAUCACUACGACGAAUUGGCUAUCUAGCCUGGAUGAUGGAUUGUUGUUUGGGCUACAUGGCUAAUGCACGACCACUGUGUAACAUGGACGACGCGAGAACGCGGCUGCCUUGUGCAGAGUCUGUAUGGAAUGCGCAAUCAGCCGAAUCAUGGGCUCAAAUCAUGUCCAACGUCCCGGAGACGCCUUCCUUGUGUGCUGCACUUGAGAUAUUGUACAACAAGAAGAAAAUCGAUCCCAGCUACAGCGAAUUGUCACAGACGUUGUUGAUCCACGCCCUUUACCUACGUACUUGGGAAGUAGGGACUCAUAUCAAGCAGCCACUCAGUGAGUGGGUACCAACUGGAAAAGCUCGUGGCUUCUUGAAUACACCUUCGAAAGACAACUUUUGGUUACCACUUUAUCCAUUGUACGCCAACUGGAGAAACAGUGCAUGCGAUUGUCUUGACGUGUUGAAUUGGCAAGCAUCGAGUGUCGUUGCAAAUGCUUCGGGAGUUGAGCAUGGGGUCAUGCUUCAUCUUCAUCUUGCGCGCAUCAUUCUCUUGACCCCCUUCCAGGAAAUCCAGGACCUGAUGUUCUCGCUGAUCGGGAAGGUCGGCAACUCGGCCAAAGCGUCCUUCUACGUACACGAUGGCAGCUAUCAGCCACGUAACAGCGCCAAACUGCCUCAAAUCCGCAAAAUCACAUGGCGCUGGCUGAGAGAAGAUCAGCACAAGGCGCGUCUCGCCAUGAUUCAUGCAGGGUCAGUCUUCUGGUACGUCCGUCGGUAUUCGUCAACGAGCUUCUUCGAGCCGAUUGCGGUGUAUUUGGCUACAUUGGUUUUGUGGACGUAUGGUUCGUACAAAUCUACCGCACUGGAUCGUGAUGCGGCAGCGGCAGGUCAGAAGCCUGAAGGAGGUCCGAGUGGACCAGACGCUGGAGCCGCCAUUCAGCCAUCACGUGUGGAAAGGAAGGAACGCCCAGUCAAGUUCAUGAACAAGGCUGCGGGCCAGACAGACAACGCAUCUCAACUGCAAUCCUCCACCUCGCCUCAUACUAAAUUUUCAGAUCUCGAUACUAACCAGUCGCCCGACACUGAAAACGGAGUUGAUCCGUCAGCAUCUUCACCUCUCCACGACUCCGACUCGGACGGUGACGAGACAUCCUCUUCUAAUGAGCAGCCUGAAUUUAUACACCUGGACCGACCGUGCGAUGACGAAAUGGUGCAGCACUUUGUGCGAAAUGGACACAACAUGUCAGGACACAUGAGCAACGUUGGCGAUAUAUGCAAAACGCCACAGAAGGUUCUCCUCGAAGGGGCCAAGCUGCUCCGGACACGAUUGUCAUGCUGGGGCGUUAGCAGGGAAUACUACGACAUACUGAUGAAGCUGGCCGAGUUGAGGAAGGCAGGAUAAUCCAAUGCCGUCGCAAUCUAUUUCCA